UGAUUUAUCACUGGUGUCCAGGAAGGCAUAAUAGCACACUAACAAUUCAGAUAAGACUUCCUUCAAAGAACAGUAACUGUCAGUUAAUAUCAGUUACGUAGUAAAACAGUGUGGGAAAUACAGUCUAAGCAGUGCUGCAGAUAGUCACUUGUUUCCUCCCGUGUGACUUACAGCGUGGGAGACUGUCCCGGAUGCCCUCUGUGGUAAAGCUAAGGGAGGCCUCUGUGCGUUGCUUUUUUAAAGUGUGUGACAGUUUCCCAGACGUGCCUUUACCACACCAACCUGAUCCUGGAAGCUGCACUACACACUGGAACAGAUCAAAGACGUCCCAAACACUUUUCAGGUGCCAAGGGUGUCCUCAGAAAUUGGACAGAUUAAUGGAGAAGACACUGACUAUUGGUCUGACUCUCUUCCUAACGCUCUGCCUGGACAUACCAGAAGCUGGAGGACGGAAGGAGGGAGCAAAUGGAGACGGUGCUCAGAAACGUUCGUCACGAUCUUCAGAUACAAAAGGAGGUCGUUGCUCCUACACCUUCAUUGUCCCACAGCAAAAACUGACAGGGGCACUGUGUUUGAACACGCAGUCCGCUACUACCAACCACUCUGAGGUGGCAGCGCUGCGGGCAGAGCUCAGACGACAGCAGGACCAGCUAGAGAAGCUCCGGGUCCAGCUGGACCAGGAGGGGGCCCUCACCAUGGAGGUGAGAGCCCUGCGCAAAGAGAGUAACAGCAUGAAUUCUCGCAUCGCCCAGCUCUAUGCUCAGCUGCUACAUGAAGUCAUACACAAAAAAGACCAGGCUUUGGAGCAGCGGAGGGUGGAGAAUCUCCUGCUGAAUGCUACAACACAGGCACUGCAGGUGUCCAGUAAUUACAGGGAGCUGGAGAAGAAAUAUGGAGCCCUCACCUCAAUGAUGAGCUCCCAGAACCAGCUUAUUUCUCGUCUGGAGAAGCAGUGUCAGUGCAGGGACUCCACCCCCCAGUCCUCUCUGGUGAUGACUGAACCACCAAAAAGCCAGUCUAAUGUGCAUCCUAAUUACAGCUCAGAAGCCAACGAAAUGACCAAUGAUGUUCAAAGGGACCAAAGUGCUCCUCCGCCACAGCAGGAAAAAACCAGGGGAGGUCCCUCCCUCCCCAUCACUACAGCUAACACUCCUACAGACCCUCCUUUCAUUAGUUUUCCUGUCACAAAGACUCCAGGGCCAUGGCGGGACUGCCAGCAUGUGCUGGAAUCAGGUGAGAACACCAGCGGGAUCUACCUGCUCCGCCCGCAGAGUGCUAACCGUCUAAUGCAAGCUUGGUGUGAACAAAGUCGGGCUCAGGGAGGGUGGACUGUCAUCCAAAGAAGACAGGAUGGGUCGGUCAACUUCUUCAGAACUUGGGAGCAGUAUAAGCAAGGCUUUGGGAACCUAGAUGGAGAGUAUUGGCUCGGCUUGGAACAUCUCUACUGGCUGACUAAACAGGCCCAGUAUAAGCUACGAGUGGCUAUGGAGGACUGGCAGGGCCGUCAGGUCUUUGCUGAGUAUGACAGCUUCCACCUGGAACCGGAGAGUGACUGGUACCGGCUGCGGUUAGGACAAUACCAGGGCAAUGCCGGGGACUCCCUCUCAUGGCACAACAACAAGGCCUUUACCACUCUGGAUCGAGACAAGGACAGCUAUACAGGUAACUGCGCUCAUUACCAGAAAGGAGGCUGGUGGUACCACAUGUGUGCCCACUCCAAUCUGAAUGGUGUGUGGUAUCGGGGUGGACACUAUCGCAGCCGCUACCAGGAUGGGGUCUACUGGGCAGAGUUCCAUGGGGGGUCCUACUCUCUCAAACGAGUUUCCAUGAUGAUCAAACCCACAUAACUGCAUUGCAGACAUGUGACAAGGAAACAUGACUGAUGUGAAUGAUUCUCAGAUAUGUGUAGAGGGUAUUAACGGUUAAAGUUAAUGUGCCUGUUUAAGAAAACGUGUCUGUGUGUGUGUAGACGUGAAUCACUAGCUGAUGGCUAACAUGUACCAAGUUGUCUGUUCAUUGUGUCUGCUAUCCGUGGCAUUUCCUGCUACUUCAAUAAAAUGAUUAAUUCCUGUAUGAAAAUGUUAAAAACACA